UCCAACUCCCUUCUUUUCUUAUUCCUUUCCACUUUCCGUUCUUUCCAUUUUAUUAAACACAGAAUAAAGCAACUCCUUUUCCUAAAGCUCCCUCCUUUCCUUUCCCACCAACAUUUUCCCAUCAUACUCACUCACUCACACCCCUCUCACUCUACACAUCUUUCGCACUCCUCUCUCUCUCUCUCUCUCUCAAUUAUCUUCCGGAGAAAUGAAACUUGUUUCAUCAAUGGAGAACUUCAAUCCAGCUCAGUUUUUUCUUCAUCUUUCUGCAGUACUUGUAUUGGUAGGACUUCACCUUGUUCCUGUUUCCACAGCUGACCAACAAGUCACUCCAUCGAUCAAAACCGACGCAGUUUCUCUUCUCAACUUCAAAAAGAUGAUUAACAAGGACCCGAAUGGUGUGUUGUCCGGUUGGAAGCUCGGCACCAGUCCAUGCAGCUGGUAUGGAGUUACAUGCUCCUUGAACCGGGCAACUCAGCUCGAUCUUACCAGUUGUUCUCUUGUUGGUACAAUCUCUUUUGAACCCUUGGCCUCUCUAGACAUGCUUUCUGUCUUAAAUCUGCCUUCCAAUAAAUUCAGUGUAAACGCUACCUCUUUGCUUCAACUCCCAUAUGCUUUGAAACAACUCGAUUUAUCGUUCAACGCACUUUUCGGUGUUCUUCCUGAGGGUGUUUCCUCAAAAUGUCCAAAUCUUGUCUCUGUGAAUCUUGCUUUUAACAACUUAACCGGCCCUCCACCCAAAGAUCUCUUGUUGCAUUCCGACAAACUUCAAACUCUCGACAUCUCUUACAACAAUCUAACCGGGUCAAUUUCUGGUCUGAUAAUUGAGAAAUAUUCUUGCCCUUCUUUGUUGCAGCUUGAUUUGUCAGGAAACCGUAUAACGGGUUCCAUUCCUAUGUCCUUGGCAAACUGCACCAGUCUCAAAACUAUGAGUUUAUCGACCAACAACGUGACAGGCGAAAUCCCAAGAUCGUUCGGGCAACUCCGCAGUCUACAGAGAUUGGAUCUUUCUCACAAUCAGAUAACCGGUUGGAUACCUCCUGAAUUAGGAAAUGCAUGCGGUUCGCUUGCCGAACUCAAGCUUUCGUUUAACAACAUUACUGGCCCAAUUCCAGCCUCUUUCUCCUCGUGUUCUUUGCUGGAGGCUCUCGAUCUCUCCAACAACAACUUAACAGGCCCCCUGCCAGAUUCUAUCUUUCAGAACCUCACCUCCUUACAGAGCUUGGUGCUGAGGAAUAACAUCAUCACUGGAUCACUUCCGGGCUCCAUAUCAGCUUGCAGGAGCCUACAGGUUAUAGACUUGAGCUCUAAUAAAAUAUCUGGCGUCAUCCCACCAGAUAUAUGUCCCGGGGCCUCCUCACUUGAGGAGCUGAGAAUGCCGGACAACCUCAUUGUAGGCGAAAUUCCUGCUCAACUAUCACAAUGUUCUCAGCUGAAGACGAUCGAUUUUAGUUUGAACUAUCUCAACGGCUCAAUUCCAGCUGAGCUUGGGAAGCUGGAGAAUUUGCAGCAGCUAAUAGCAUGGUACAAUGGCUUAGAGGGGAAAAUCCCACCAGACUUGGGAAAGUGCAAGAAUCUCAAGGAUAUUAUUCUCAACAAUAACCAUCUGAGUGGUGAAAUCCCAGUUGAAUUGUUCAGCUGCAGCAAUCUUGAAUGGAUAUCACUCACAAGCAAUAAACUCAGUGGUGAAGUCCCAAGGGAAUUUGGCCUUUUGACACGACUGGCGGUUCUACAACUUGGGAACAAUAGCUUGAGUGGCAAGAUACCAGGAGAGCUUGGAAAUUGCAGCAGUUUGGUUUGGUUGGAUUUGAACAGCAACAAACUCACCGGAGAGAUCCCACCUCGACUUGGGAGGCAGAUCGGGGCCAAAGCACUGAGUGGAAUUCUCUCCGGCAAUACUUUGGUGUUUGUACGGAAUGUGGGGAACUCUUGUAAAGGAGUGGGAGGCUUAUUAGAGUUUGCGGGAAUCCGACCUGAAAGGCUUCAACAGGACCCAACAUUGAGGACUUGUGAUUUCGCCAGAUUGUACUCUGGCCCUGUCCUGAGUCUCUUUACAAAAUACCAAACACUGGAGUAUCUUGAUCUAUCUUACAAUCAGCUUCGCGGGAAAAUCCCGGAAGAAAUGGGGGACAUGAUUGCAUUGCAAGUUCUUGAGUUAUCCCACAACCAGUUAUCAGGUGAGAUUCCUGCAUCACUUGGCCAGCUCAAAGAUUUAGGGGUGUUUGAUGCAUCACACAACAGACUGCAGGGUCACAUCCCUGAUUCAUUGGAGAACCUAUCUUUCUUGGUGCAAAUUGAUUUGUCCAACAAUGAAUUAACUGGCGAAAUUCCCUCGAGGGGUCAGCUGAGUACGCUUCCUGCUACCCAGUAUGCUAACAACCCUGGACUCUGUGGAGUCCCAUUGCCUGAUUGCCAGAGCAGCAAUGACCAACCAGACACCACUCCAAGCGAUCAGGAUGAAGGCAAACGAAGCCGAAGGCCAUCAGUUGCUUCAUGGGCUAACAGCAUUGUUGUGGGGGUUCUGAUUUCUCUUGCUUCUGUCUGUGUUCUGGUUGUGUGGGCAAUUGCAAUGCGGACGAGGCGAAAGGAAGCGAAGGAGGUGAAGAUGCUUAAUCGCUUGCAAGCAUCCCAUGCGGCAUGGAAGAUUGACAAAGAGAAAGAACCCUUGAGUAUUAAUGUUGCCACUUUCCAAAGACAGUUGAGGAAGCUCAAGUUCUCCCAACUCAUUGAGGCAACCAAUGGCUUCUCGGCAGAUAGUCUUAUAGGGUGUGGAGGUUUUGGGGAAGUGUUCAAGGCAACGCUGAAAGAUGGAUCAAGUGUUGCAAUCAAGAAACUUAUACGGCUGAGCUGCCAAGGUGACCGUGAAUUCAUGGCCGAGAUGGAAACUCUGGGGAAGAUCAAGCAUAGGAAUCUCGUGCCUUUAUUGGGUUAUUGUAAAAUUGGUGAAGAGAGGCUGCUAGUAUAUGAAUUCAUGGAGUACGGAAGCCUCGAAGAAAUGCUCCAUGGAAGAACAAAGACGCGUGACAGGCGGAUGCUAACAUGGGAGGAAAGAAAAAAGAUUGCAAGAGGUGCAGCGAAAGGACUGUGUUUCCUCCACCACAAUUGCAUCCCUCACAUCAUACACAGAGACAUGAAGUCAAGCAAUGUAUUGUUGGACAGUGAAUUGGAAGCAAGAGUUUCUGAUUUCGGAAUGGCAAGGCUCAUAAGCGCUCUUGACACACACUUGAGUGUAAGCACUCUUGCAGGCACUCCUGGUUAUGUUCCACCAGAAUACUACCAGAGUUUCCGCUGCACUGCCAAGGGUGACGUCUACUCAUUUGGGGUUGUGCUCUUGGAGCUUGUGACCGGAAAACGCCCAACAGACAAGGAUGAUUUCGGGGACACUAACUUGGUCGGAUGGGCGAAGAUGAAGGUGAGAGAAGGGAAACAGAUGGAAGUGAUAGACCAAGAGUUACUUUCGGUAACUAAAGGAACUGAUGAAGCAGAAGCAGAAGAAGUGAAAGAGAUGGUGAGGUAUUUAGAGGUGACACUUCAAUGUGUUGACGACUUCCCAUCAAAGAGGCCUAACAUGUUGCAGGUGGUGGCCAUGCUGAGAGAGCUGAUAUCUGGAUCAGCAUGUGGAAGUAGUAAUAGCGCUUGAAAUUUUGAAACAAGUCCAUGUUUCCUGUAUGUUUAUCGAUCAAUAUCAUCAUCGUUAAUCGUUGUAAGAAUAUUAUAACGUUUGUAAGAAUUUGUUGAUCAAAAUCGAUAUCAAAAAAAAAAUUCUUGUA